AUGUUUGCACUUCACAUAUAUCCGACGUAUGAAGAAGAUGAAACAGUUGAACUUACAAUCCCUGAAUGCGAGUCUAAGAGCAAACCGUUUGUGGGGCAGAUUUUUCGAAAUUUGGAUGUAGGAUAUGAGUUUUACGACGAUUAUGCAGAGUUAUGCGGUUUUACAUCCAGAAAAAGCACAAGCACAAAGGAUGAUGAUGAUUUUGGUAUGUAUAAGGUGCGCACGUUCAUUGAGGGUCAUAAUCACGCCAUGGUUCCUACUGUAUCUAGACACCUUAUGCCCGUGAACAGGAACGUUACCCCCGUCCAUGAGAUGUGGAUUACGUCCGCGAUUAAAGCAAACAUUGGGCCUAUUAGAUCUUUCCGUAUGUACAGAGAGAUUAUGGGCGAAUAUGAGGAUAUUGGUUGCGUCAGUAAUGAUUUAAAGAAUUUUGUACGUGAUCUUAAUGUUUACGCACUUGAUUCAGAUGCUCACAUGAUUUUGCAAACAUUCAUGAAUAAAAAAGAGUUAGGCAAUGACUUCCAAUAUUUCUAUGAUGUAGACGAUGAGAACAGGCUGCGUCGGUUGAUUUGGACCGACGAAGUCUCUGUUAAGAACUACAAAUUAUUUGGUGAAGCUGUGUCCUUCGACGCAACAUACAAUACCAACAGGUAUAAAAUGAUCUUCACACCGUUCACGGGUAGGGAUAACCAUGGCAAGUGUUUGUCUUUUGGUGCAGCCAUCAUAUCUCGAGAAGAUGUUGAUUCGUAUUCUUGGGUUUUGGAAAAGUUUGUUGAAUGCGUGGGAAAUGCCCCACCACUAUUAAUAACUGAUCAAGAUCCAGGGUUGAAAAAGGCUGUUGCGGCAGUUUGGCCUCAAACACGUCACAGAUACUGCAUGUGGCAUAUUACAAUGAAGGUUGCUAAGAAGAUGCCGCAAAGAUUGAGGGAUAGCACUGAGUUCAAAACCAACUUUGGGAAUUUUGUUUGGUCUGAAUUUGAUGAGCCUGCUGUUUUUUAA